AUGCCCAUUGCUACUCACCACUGCAAGGGCGCGCCCCGUAACUCGAGCAAGACUUACAAGGUCCCCCGCCGUCCUUUCGAGAGCCCUCGUCUGGAUGCUGAGCUGAAGCUCGCGGGUGAGUACGGUCUGAAGAACAAGACCGAGAUCUGGCGCAUUGCCCUCACUCUGUCCAAGAUCCGUCGUGCUGCCCGUGAGCUGCUCAAGCUCGACGAGAAGGACCCCAAGCGUCUCUUUGAGGGUAACGCCAUCAUUCGCCGUCUCAUCCGCAUCGGUGUGCUCGACGAGUCGCGCAUGAAGCUCGAUUACGUGCUGGCCCUCCAGAUUGAGGACUUCCUGGAGCGUCGCCUGCAGACCCAGGUGUACAAGAGCGGUCUCGCCCGCAGCAUCCACCACGCUCGUGUGCUCAUCUACCAGCGCCACAUUCGCGUCGGUAAGCAGAUUGUCACCUCGCCCUCGUUCAUCGUUCGUCUCGAGUCGCAGAAGCACAUUGACUUUGCGCUCAACUCGCCCUACGCCGGUGCCCGCCCUGGCCGUGUUAAGCGCAAGCGCCAGGCUUCGGCCGCCGCCGCCGAGGGUGGUGACGAGGAGGCCGGCGAGGAGGAGGAGGAGGAGGAGUAA